GCCACUCUGUGUUACCUCCACGAACUAAGUAUCAGCAACAGCGACUCAACAUGCGAACGACUCCAGCGGCAUUGAGUACAACAAUUGCAGUUACCACCGGGGCUAUUCCCGCAUGUCUGGUCCAAGGGGACCACAAGACGUCAGAUUACCUUCAGCGGGUAAAGGCAUUUACAAAUGUCGUCGCUAAGGCCGUGCAGGAGGCAGUAGAGGCAGAACGACAACGGCUUGCCAAUGAGGCGGCAGCCCAAGAUCGGCGAAUUGUUGAGGCUGACGUGACGGUUCGAGACAAGUGGAACGCCAUCAGCAUGGAGUCCUUGACUCAGAAUGAGACCUUAACAGCCGUUGUUCGCGUUGCCGCCACACAUCAGCAACAACAGCAACAAUUGUUGAACACCAGCACCACACGCGUCAACAGCAUCGAGGCUAAGGCCUCAGCAGCGCCAGGCUGCAUGACAGACAUGGCGAAGCAGCUCGGGGAGUGCAUCGACCAUGUCGUCAAUCUGAUCGGCGAACUAGGUGACGUCACUAGUCCGGCCACAAUCAGCAGCACGGUGGCCGCCAUCAAGAUGGACAUCACCAAACUGCAGUCAAGACCGGACGCUGCUACAAAGGCAUACAAGAUGCCACGCUUCAACAUCGGCAAGUUUGACGACUACAACAAGACGAACGCUUUGACACGGUGGCAAGGUUUCCUCAUGGAAGCAUCCUGCUACACUGUACCGGCCGAAGACAUGAUGAAAGCGCUCUACCUCCAACUCAUUGGAGGAGCACAGGCAUGGAUUAACCAUACCGCGGCCAAUCUGAAAUGCACCAUCGCAGAACUGCACACGCACAUUCCGUGGAAGCAGUUCGAGCAAAUGUGGUUCACUCGAUUCAUGGUCCGCAACAUUGUAAAGGCGGCCAUGAACGACGCAUACUCCAGCUCACAAGGGAACAUGCCAACUCGAGACUGGACGAUCAAGUGGCAGAAGAUAGUAACCACUCCAGGCUUUGACUUGAGUUUUCUGAACCAACGAUCCGAAUUCUUUUCGCGAUCGUGCGCAGGACUGCGGUCGGCACUCGGCAACGAGUACGACUAUGCCUCAUUCCAGGCUAUUCUGGAUCGUGCGAACCUGGUCAUCCAAACGGAUGACAAGGCAGCUAACGAACGACAAUCCCAUCCGCACUAUGUGGCUAAGCAAGGCUACCAACGACCGACACAUAACAAUGUAGUGAUUCCUGACGAAUCAAUUGAUCUCCACACUGCAGCAACAUCCUCGAGUGAUGGAGGAGUUGUCGCAGCGCUCCCACUGAAGCGUCCUAAGAGAGUUCGGAAGAACAAGGCGACACAAGCGACGACAUCGACGGGAACUGGGCAGCAACCAUGGACGGCAUACAACAUUACCAAGGAAGUAUUUGACCUUCGUCAACGAAUUCGCGACACUAUAGCUCAGAACGACGUAGAGGAGAUGGGCCUUGUUUUUUUACAUGCUCUCCCCUCGCCGGACGGACCAGCCGCGUCACUGUCGGACCCACGCAUUACUCACCUCUUGGACGGGUAUGGAGACGUCUUCGAGGCUCCCAUCGGAACGGUUCCGGAUUGGCCCAUACGUCACGAGAUCACUCUCGAGGCUGGUGUCGUCCCUCCGCGUGGAUGCAUUUACCGCAUGAACGAAGAGGAACUCGAGGUGCUUCGCACACAACUCGACGACCUCCUCGACAAGGGCUGGAUUCACCCUAGUUGUUCGCCUUACGGUGCACUAGUUCUCUUCGUCCGGAAGAAGAACAAGGACCUACGGCUGUGCAUCGACUGUAGAACACUUAACGCACAAACCGUAAAGAACGCCAUCCCUCUCCCCAGGAUUGAUGAUCUCCUCGAGCGGUUGGGCGGCGCAACGUACUUCUCGAAGUUGGACUUGAAGUCGGGUUACCACCAGAUUGGAAUCCAGCCUCAAGAUCGGUACAAGACCGCCUUCAAAACGUGGUAUGGGCAUUUUGAGUGGGUCGUGAUGCCAUUUGGACUCACCAAUGCCUCGACAACUUUCCAAGCAACCAUGACAAUGGAGUUCCGAGACUUGCUCGAUCGUUCCGUCCUCAUCUACCUCGACGAUUUCUUGGUCUAUAGUAGGACACUUGACGAGCACCUCAUACACCUUCGUGUGGUGUUAGAUCGCGUACGAACAGCCAAGUACAAAGCAAACCGCGACAAGUGCGAAUUCGCCAAACAAGAGCUUGAGUACUUAGACCAUUAUGUGACGCCGAAAGGCAUUCGUCCCUUAGCGGACAAGAUCCAAGCCAUCGUGGAUUGGCCGGAACCCCGUUGCACGACGGACUUACACUCUUUCAUGGGUUUGGCUGGAUGCUAUCAGCGCUUCGUCGAGUCUUACUCCAAAGUGGCAGCUCCUUUGUCGAGACUUCAGUCCCUGAAGGUACCAUUCGAGUUCGACGAUGCAACUUGUGGCGCGUUCAAUACGUUGAAGGCGGCGGUGCAAGACGCACCGGCCCUCCGUAUCUAUGAUCCCACCCUACCCACCCAAGUGACUACGGAUGCUUCCGGGUACGGUAUUGGUGCGGUAUUGGAACAAUGCCACACGGAUGGUUGGCAUCCGGUCGAGUACUUCUCCCAAAAAGUGCCUCCCAUCAACACUCUCGACGAUGCUAGGAAGAAAGAGCUACUCGCGUUCGUCACCGUCCUCAAACGGUGGCGCCACUUUCUUCUCGGUCGUCGGCGUUUUAGAUGGAACAUGGACAACAAUCCGUUGACCUUCUACAAAACGCAGGACACGGUUACUAGUACGAUCGGUCGAUGGAUGUAUUACAUCGACCAGUUCGACUUUGAACCGUGCCACAUUCCCGGUCCAGCCAAUCGAGCAGCGAACGCCCUCUCAUGGCGGUCCGACCUUUGUGCCCUCGUAACGACGACGUUCCAACUCGACGACGAUCUGCAGCAGCAUUUCGUCAAAGGCUACAAUUCCGAUCUGACUUACUCUACGCUUUAUGUGGACCUAUCAUCGAAUCACCCGCCGGCUGGUCAUUAUCGUAUCUCCGACGGGUUCCUACUUCUCCACACGAGAGGGAAGGACUUGUUAGUGGUGCCCCAAGAUCGCAUCUUACGGACUCAUCUUCUCGGCGAAUUCCACGACGCACGACUUUCGGCACACCUUGGCGUGACCUGCACAUUGGCCCGCCUCCGCCAGCGUUUUCACUGGCCCGACGUUCUUCACGACGUUACGAGGUAUAUUGAGUCAUGCGCAGUUUGCCAUCGUAACAAAGGUAGAUCUCAGGUCCCUUAUGGCGAACUGAAAUCGAUGCCGAUUCCUCGGACACCUCGCCUCUCCAUUGCUAUGGAUGUUAUAGGCCCGUUCCCUCGCGAUCGCCUCGGUCGUAACGACAUUCUCACGGUCGUUGACCGUUUGAGCAAGUACACUCGCUUUCCCGAGCUCGCCCGACUCUUGCACACCGGCUGGAUUACAUGCCACGGUGUUCCGGAAGACAUUGUGAGCGACAGAGACACUCGCUUCAUGACCGCCUUCUGGACUUCCCUCAUGACGGAGUCCGGUUCGACUAUGACGCGGAGUUCCGCACGGCACCCGCAGACGGAUGGACAGUCGGAACGAGCGCAUCAAACCGCUCAAAUGAUGUUACGUACACUCAUCCGUCUCGACCAGAAAGAUUGGGUUGACCGGCUUCCCGACAUCGAGUUUGCCUAUAACACUUCGGUGCACCCGGCGAUUUGCAUCACUCCAUUCGAGUUGCAUCACAGUGGAGAGAAAGCCCGAGUCUUUGCCGAUCUUUUUUUACCACGGGCCGCCGACAUAGACGUCGCUUGCUCUCCCGCUUUUGUUUGGAAGUACCGGGACUUGCUGAUCAAAGCCCGCGCAAACAUGCAAAAGGCUCAAAUCCGCAUGCAGCAGCAAGCUAACCGACGUCGACUCCCAUGUCUAUUCCGCGAGGGAGACCUUGUUUGGGUCCUCGCCGAGGAAUUCGCGCUCGAGCAGGACAUUGUUGAGCGCAUCGGCCCCGCAGGGGGACCUUCCCGGCCGCGUCACGGACCGGCAACCCUUCCUGGGGGGCGGGUGUGGGUGACGGAGGAGGAAGAAGGGUUGGAGGUGGUUGGCUAUGGUGGACGGGUGUGGGUGAUGGAGGAGGAAGGAGGGUUGGAGGUGGUCGGCUAUGGUGGACGGGCGUGGGUGAUGGAGGAGGAUGAAGGGUCGGAGGUGGUUGGCUAUGGUGGACGGGUGUGGGUGAUGGAGGAAGGAGGGUNGGUGUGGGUGAUGGAGGAGGAUGAAGGGUCGGAGGUGGUUGGCUAUGGUGGACGGGUGUGGGUGAUGGAGGAGGAAGAAGGGUCGGAGGUGGUUGGCUAUGGUGGACGGGUGUGGGUGGUGGAGGAGGAAGGAGGGUUGGAGGUGGCUAGCUAUGAAGGGUUGGAGCCGGUCGGCUAUGAUGGACGAGUGUGGGUGAUGGAGGAAGAAGAAGGGUUGGAGGUGGUUCGCUAUGGUGGACGGGUGUGGGUGAUGGAGGAGGAAGAAGGGUUGGAGGUGGUUGGCUAUGGUGGACGGGUGUGGGUGAUGGAGGAGGACGAAGGGUUGGAGGUGGUUGGCUAUGGUGGACGGGUGUGGGUGGUGGAGGAGGAAGGAGGGUUGGAGGUGGCUAGCUAUGGUGGACGGGUGCGAGUGAUGGAGGAGGGAGAAGGGUUGGGGUGGUCCGGCUGUGGUGGACGGGUGUGGGUGAUGGUGGAAGAAGAAGGGUUGGGGCUGGUCGGCUAUGGUGGACGAGUGUGGGUGAUGGAGGAAGAAGAAGGGUUGGAGGUGGCUAGCUAUGGUGGACGGGUGCGAGUGAUGGAGGAGGGAGAAGGGUUGGGGUGGUCCGGCUAUGGCAGAAUGGUGAAGUCUGGUAGCGAUGCCAUCAAAAGGCACUUCACAGAGUUAGGUGUCACCGGUAACCCAGACAAAGGGAAUAAGAAAUGGAAGUGCCUUUACUGCGAUCGCAAAGUGACGGGAACUGCGUCGAGGCAUAGAAAACAUUUUGCAGAGGGAAGAUGCCACAUUUCAAAUGCGCGGGGGAUAUUCACGCAGGCAGAGAGGGAGAGGAGGUUGCAGGAGCGAGCAGAGGCCAUUGCGUUGGUGAGGGGGGUAGGAGAGGUGCCAGGCGCUAACAUAGGCUCGCAGUCGGGCAUCGGAGAAGCGGAGGACCCUACUGCAAAUGAGACACCCAUACCUACACCCACAUCCACUGAACCGUCGAUGUCCAGAACUCGACAGACUGUUUUGCAGGAUGGGUUUCAUAUCGUCACCAAAAACGAGGAAACUCAAAGGACAAUCGACGACUGGAUGACAUACCAUGGAAUAUCAUUCAACAUGGUACGAAGUCCAUACUUCUUGGCCAUGAUCGAUGCUGUGCGUAAUGCACACGCAUCAUUCAAAGUCGGAAGUUUUGAGGAGACACGCACUACACGCAUGUCGAUACAGCGUGGGAGGGUUGGUGUCGAGGUGAAAAAGCUGCAGGCGCGGGAAUGGCCAACCACCGGAUGCAUGGUGCAAAUGGAUGGCUGGACUGAUCGACUGCAGAGGCCACACGUAAAUAUCAUGGUGUCCUACCCUGCCGGUGUCGUUUUUUGGAAGUCGGAGUGCUUAGUCAGAAGGGAGAAGGGGGCGGCGACAUAUCAUGCAAUCUUAUCAAAGGCGAUCAGAGAGAUUGGGGAGAAGUCUGUUGUUGGCGUCAUAAUGGACAAUGCGCCGGUAUGUGGAGCUGCAGGGAGGAUGGUGGAGGCGGAGUUCAAAGGUGUUUUCAGUGUCCCUUGCACGACUCACAACAUCGAUCUCAUCUUGCACGACAUCGGGAAGAUGGCAUGGGUCGACGCUGUUAUGAAGAAGGUUGUGGCGGUUACAAAAUUCUUUACGAACCAUGAGAAGGUGCGGGAUUUGUUCCAAUGGCACUCGAAGGGGAAGGAGCUUGCGAAACCGGGCGCCACAAGGUUCGCUACGAACUUCAUCAUGUUAACUGCAUUGGAGAGGUUGAAGAAGGCACUGAAGGACACAAUUCGUGACGACGCAUUCGUCGACACAAUUCGUGACGACGCAUUCGUCGAGACAAUAGCGCCCCACGCACAGCGCCCGCUAUUGCGUGAGGCACAACAGUUGGUGUUUAAUGAAGAAGGCUUUUGGAAGCCCAUCGAAAAAGUCCAAGCUGCAGCUUUGGACUUUGUCUUGUUGCUGCGCUUCGUUGACGGUCCAGAGAAGGACGUGACAGCGGUCGCAAGGGAGCGGUCAGACGAAUGGAGGGGCAAGGUGGGGACCGGGGAGGACAUGAACGAGGUCGACAACGAAUGGGAAGAUGAUGAUGCCCCUUUAGCGCCUAGGAGAGAGGAAUGCGGCAGUGAUGAGGAAGUGCCCGAAGAGGAAGGCGACACCUGGAGGAAGGAGACCAGAGCAGCGAAGUUCCUCGCGGAGAAAAUGUUUGCACAACUGCCAACUCCAGCGAUCAUGAGUCACGAACAUGCAGUGACUCAUCGCAAGGAUGCAGGGCGUCCUCCUUUGCUUGUGAACCCGGCUCCCAAACGACGGCGCGGCAGGCCCAACAAUGUUGAAAAGGCUGCAAGGGAGAAAGCUGCACAGGCCGCCCGUGAAUCUCAAGGCAAUGGAGGAGAAGGGGGCGGGGUGGGUGUAGAGGAUGAUGAUGCCUCCUCGGAAUACAGCAGUGAUGAGAGUGCGCCUUUGGCGGUGAAACGCCAGAGGGGCAAAGAAACACACACGGAGAGGGAGAGGGAGAGCGAUUCGUCCUUUGCAGUGACUGUCGCAGCACAGUCAUGCUCAGAUGCCAUUUAAUGGUCAUUCAUGUCCGUUAGGGAUGCCACCAGGUAUGUCGUCCGAGGAUUCGACCCCGCAUGACGAAAAGC